AUGAAGGCAAUAUUUCUUAUCUCACUAUUUACGCUAGUUUUGAAUUUUAGGCAUCCACAAUAUGAUACUGGAUUUAAGGUUAUUGUGUCAUCUUAUACUGGCCACAUUUUGGAGAGCCAAUCAGCAGUUCCAAGAUAAAUAGUGCAUGAUAUACAAUUCUCAAAAGUUUUUGAAAUAGCUCCUUAAAUUUUUAUUCAACCAUCUUUACUUGAUUGGUCUAUUGGAACACCUAAUGGAUUUAUUGAAAGAGUUAGUUUUAUUACUACUAAGGGUAAUUAUGCAACCUAAAAAUUAUAAAAGGAUUUAAGAUUAGCGGAAUAGCUGUAACUCCAUCCCCUAUUUAUACAUUAUAUUUUUAUUGGCUUGCAAUUAAUGAUAAUAGAGUUUCUGUAAUAAUAUUCGAUACAUGGGAUCUCUUAGAAUUAACAACUGGUACAGGUUAAAGGGAAGUUCCUUUCAAAUUAGAGCAUAACUUAAAAGAUGUAACUAAUGGUAUAAUAUCAUUAACGGGCAUUAAACAUUCAGCUUAUAAUCCUAUUGUUGAACUCAAAGUAACAUCUAUUUAAUUUUAGUAUUUAGAUUGGAUAAAUUACUUCGCAAUUUGUUACAAUAUCUGUAGGAUCAUAUUCGCUAUCAAAAUUGGAAUAUGUAAGAUUCAAUGUUCUGCUUGGCACUGAUCAAUCAUUAUGGGCAUCUUCUCAGUUUGCUUUAAUUAAUGCUCCAAACCAUCCAUUUGUCUCUAGACCCCAUUCAUCUUAUAGUCUCUAUAUGAAAAUUGACUUUCCAAGUGGUUUUGAUAACUAUCAGCUAAUUCCUCUUGUAACUUUCAGAGGAUAUGACGUAGAAAGAAGUUAUAAUUUCAGAUUGGUUUUUGCGGACGUAUUAUUGAAUACUAAAUUACAAUUUACACUUGCUACAUGUACAAAAUUCAAAUUACUUCUAGGGGCGGAUAGCAUGAUUUAUGGAGUUCAUUACUAAACAGGCAUUUAUUUAUAUGAUUCGAAUUAUAAAAUUUUUGAUCAAAACUGUGCAGAGCUCUACUCUGAAUGCAAUUUCUAAGGUGAUUCUUUUAUAGUUUGUGAUUAAAUACCUAAUUUAUUAGUUUAAGGAUGGUCUAAGCUUAUCAGAUCUGUCACUGUCCCAAAUUUGAAAAAUAUAUUUCUUUUUAAAAUGGAAAAUUAUUCAGGUGAGAAAACAACUAUAACUGAAAACUAGAAAUGCAUGGAAUCAACAAAUGUUUUAUCAGCCAAAUUUAAACCGAUAUCAUCCUUCAUAAAAAUCCUCUUUUUAAAUACUAAUAAUUGCUUAAAUGUUAAAUUUUACAGUUAAUGUAAUUAUUAAGGGACUUUGUUUUAAAUAACAAAAGGAGAAUAAUUAAAAUUAUCAAGAAAGAUUCCAUUUGAAAUUUAAUCUAUUGAAAUUUGUCCAAAUACAAUUGUAAAAUUUAAAGACCCAAAGUAUUUUGGAGCAGCAAUCUAAGAAUUUACUACUUCAUAAUCUUGCAUAAAUAGUUAUAAAGUAUAAAUUAAGUUAUUGUCAAUUAGUUUCCUAGAUAUAGAGAGCAAAUUUGA